AUGGAGCCAAAUCCAGCUUCCGAUCUCGGCGAUGGCCUGCCAGACCUGCCCAAAGAAAUAUCAGUACCACAAACUCUCCAAGCAUUCACCAUAUUCUCCAACCUAGCUACGGAACUACGUCUCAAGAUCUGGGGCCUUUCAAUCCUUAGCAACCCCCGUAUCAUCGAAAUACUCCAAAGGGGAACAGACACAAGCAACUACUCGUUUUACACCCCAACGUGCAACCCCCCUCCCUUCUCAACUUGUCAAGAAUCCCGAGCCGAGGCAUUAAAGCACUACCACCUCUCCUUCCCCACAGUCUCUCAGCCAGGAAUAAUCUACUUCAACCCCAUCAUUGACAUAAUCUACUACCCAUCCUGGUUCUGGCGCCACGAGAACCCUGAGCCGCUUCCGGAAACCACAUCCAGCAUUCUCCACUUGGCAAUCGAGCCUCUCGAGUGGUUCUCAGGUGCUACCGAAGAUGGAAUGCUUAACGGCUUUCCUAUCAAAGAUUACAGGAAUCUGAAGAGCCAUUAUCAUGUUCUUCGUGACUGUCCUCGUGGUGUUUCCUGUUGGUGUGCGGUCGAACAGAUUGCACCCGAGAAAGGAGUCAUUACGUUCGGCAACAUUGAGAUUGUACAGCAAGGCGCGGAGGAUCUGAGAGGCAUCAAAUGCGAGGUUGUCAGGGCGUUUGGAGAGAUUAAAGAACAAGAUCCAGAGUGGAGCGUACCCGUCUUUCUGGAGGGGGAGAUGAUGAGGAAUGGAAAAGCGGCCGAGUAUAUCGGUGUUUAUUCUGACGAGGAUGAUGAUGAUGGUGUGCGCGAGGAUGGAAACAGCGAUGUGAAUGAAUAUAGUAACGAUGAUGCUAGUGAUAAUGACGGCGAGGACGAGAAGAAGAACAAUGAUGGAAACUGAUGGAAGGAAGGGUAGACUUCUACAAUAUGUACAACUAGUAGCAAGACCCGGAUCAGAGCUCACGUCAGAAGGGGUAGUAAGGGGGUAAAUAUUGUAUUUAGACGAAUGACAAUGAAUCAAACUCCUCGCCACUCUCAAACCAAAAUACA